CUGGCAGCACUGUCCCACAUGCGCCAAAUGUCAACGUUGUUUACGUAAAGUUUUAAGCAUUAGAAUUUUCACAAAUUUCUUUGAAUAUAUAAUAGUCUAAGAAAAUGAACUUCAAUUUAUCAAUAACUGCUGGAAAUUUGCUGCGAAAUUCUCCGUUUUUCGCAACGAUUCGUCAUGCCUCGAAGAAAACCGGUGGCAGUACGAGAAACCCUUCGGAUCACGGCCGUCCGAAGCAUCGCGGAUGGAAGGUGCAGGACGGCCACUAUGUAUCGGCCGGAACCAUAUUAGCCACUCAGCGAACCCCGCGCUUCCAUCCCGGCCUAAAUGUUGGUUUCGGUAAGAAUGGGACCAUUUUUGCCCUCGAGCAUGGAAAAGUUUACGUUACCUGUGAAAAGCUGGAUCCCAACUGGGACCACACCUGGGUACAACGGAUUUAUGCCGGACGCGAGAAUCAAACCAUCUUUAAAAAGUUUUUCAACGUUGUUCCGGUUGAACAGCAUAAGCGUUUCAAGUUGAUUGAAGAAGUGUGAAUAAAUUUAUUUCGUAGUUUUGAAAGAUAAA